CGUCACAGCGCAGCUGUUCUCUGAUGACGGCUGAUCGCCCAAGCGUCGCAGACGUUCUCCUAGGCCGUGCGCGUGCGCGAGGAUUUUGCACACGGAGUCCUUUAAGACGAGCGUGCCUGCCAGCGCGCACGCUGCACACGGCGGCACUCGCGCGAACCGAGCGGGACCCGAUGAGCCAGCAGUGACGGACGGCGGCCGAGCUCCGUGCGGGUCACCGGGAGGCGAGCUCCGUGCGGGUCACCGGGAGGCGAGGGGGCCACUCGGCUUGGCUCAGCUCGGCUCGGCUCUUGGAUGCCCGGACGCCGACGCUCUUCCACGGGGGACUUUGGCUUGUCGUCAUGGUUCUUGGCAAAGUUCGGGCGGUGGCCGUGUGCUUUGACACUCUGAACGAGAGCAACCGGCCGGUGUUCUCCGGGGGGGAGCUGGUGUCCGGCCGCGUAGUGGUGGAGGUGACCGGGGACGUGCGCGUCCGCAGGCUAGACGUGACAGCGCGCGGCGUGGCCAAGGUCCGCUGGACCGAAUCCCGCAACACCGCAGCCAACACGGCCUACACGCAGAACUACAACGAGGAGGUGGAGUACCUGCACCACCGGGACACCCUCAUCGGCGAGGAGCGAGAUGACGACGCGGCAAACCGAGGCGGCGUCACCGUGCUGCGCGGCGGCGGCGUGCACGAGUUUGCCUUCAGCUUCCACCUGCCGCAGAUGGCGCUGGCGACGUCGUUUGAGGGCAAACACGGCAGCGUCAGGUACUGGGUGAAGGCGGAGCUACAGCGACCGUGGAUGCUACCAGUCAAGGUCAAGAAGGAGUUUGUGGUCUUUGAGCACAUUGACAUCAACACGCCCCUGCUGCUGGCUCCUCAGGCUGGCAGCAAGGAGAAGACUUUGUGCUGCUGGUUCUGUGCGUCAGGUCCCAUCUCACUCAGCGUCAAAGUGGCUCGCAAGGGCUACACGCCAGGCGACUCCAUCCAGAUCUUUGCUGAGGUGGAGAACUGCUCCACCCGAGUGGUGGUGCCCAAAGCGGCGCUGUACCAGACGCAGACCUUCUUCGCCAAAGGCAAAGGCAAAGAGAUUCAGCAGCUGGUGUCCCACCUGCAAGGGGAAGCCCUGGCGCAGGGCAAGAGUCAAAGCUGGGAGGGAAGGAUGCUCAAGAUCCCGCCUGUGUCGCCGUCCAUCCUGGACUGCCCCAUCAUACGGGUGGAGUACGCCCUCGUGGUGUACGUGGACAUUCCGGGCGCUCUCAACUUGUCCCUCUCGUUACCGUUGGUGAUCGGGACCAUCCCGUUACACACCGCUGCCUCCCGCACGUCCAGCAUCAGCAGUCACGGUAGCGCCUCCAGCUGGAUGGGCGCGGCAGAGCACCCUGAGACUCCCCCCAGCUACGGCCAGCUGGCCAUCCCAGAGUCACACCGCCGUCACUUCCUCCACGCCGUCCACGAGCAGGAGCAGGAGCAACACGCCAGCGCCGCGCUGCUUACGUACAUCACGGAGUUCCGAUACCUCCCGCCUCCGCUCUACGCCGAGGUGAACACGGACGGACGGACGGACGAACAGACAGACGGACGGACGCGCUUCCUGCGUGCGCCCAAAACCAUUGAUGGUGGACCCGUAUCCCGCGCCGGUGGAGCCCGGCAGCCCCGACACGUGUGUGUCACGCUGAAGAGGUAGACUGCAUCCGCCUGAUUGGUAGAUGGUCCUAUGUGACGCCGCCCACUUGCCACCUUCUUCUCGGAAGCUCUUUUGCAAAAGCACCACCCGAGACCGCCAAGACGCCCUCUGCUCUGAUCCGAUCCGUUCUCUCCUGUCCCCCAGCUCCCAAGCGUCCGUUCCUCCCCUGGUCAGGAUGGGAAAUCACGCGUGUGCUGGAAUGUGUGCGGGUUUUCUAAAAGCACACCGAGCAAGUUCAAAGUGGGCUGUUUUGACGUUUGCUGAAAGCUAAACCUGAUUAUUGUGAGAAGACUUUUAUUCCGAUGAGCGCAUUCCCACGUGUCUGAUGUGCAAAAUGUUUACAAAAGAAUUUGGUCACAGGUCCUUCAAAGUUUGGGAGCUGACUCAAGUGCAAUAGCUUUUCAUAUUUUUUUUACAAUUGACCUUUUCAAUAGCUGUUGAUGUUCUUGUCACUUUUGAUGAGGACAAAUAAAGUUUUAUUUUAUAAAA